CUCCACGCCUCUCACGCAAGCUUGGGGGUGACUUUGAUUACCUGGCAGCUGGCAGUCGGCACUAUCACCCUGCAUCCUAGGAGUUCUCAGAAUUGUCAAACUCAACCGGCAGUCUAGAAACUAGAAAGCCCACUAAAAGAUUCAGGAGUGAUAUUCUUGCAUCUGCGUUCCCGGAACCGUGAAUUGCUAAAACCUAUACCCAAAUUGACCAAAAUCUCCCAAGCUUGGAUCUUGGUUUUGGGGAUGGAGAGUUGGGAUCCAAAUACGAAAUCAACUCUCACACAGAUCCCGCUUUUGAUGACGAAAGCGGGGCCGCGAGAUGGCGCAGCCUGGACACAGCGGCUGAAAGAGGAGUACAAGGCACUUAUCACCUAUACGUCGAUGAACAAGUCGAGGGAUAAUGACUGGUUUCGUAUCUCCGCCGCUAAUCCAGAAGGGACUCGGUGGACCGGCAAGUGCUGGUAUGUUCACAAUCUUCUCAAGCAUGAAUUUGACCUCCAAUUUGACAUCCCUGUCACCUACCCCGCGACCGCUCCUGAACUCGAGUUGCCUCAACUCGAUGGGAAGACUGAAAAGAUGUAUCGAGGAGGAAAGAUUUGCUUAACGGUGCAUUUCAAGCCACUCUGGGCUAAGAAUUGCCCGAGGUUUGGAAUAGCACAUGCCCUCUGUUUGGGUCUUGCACCAUGGCUUGCAGCAGAAAUUCCGGUUCUUGUUGAUUCUGGCAUGGUUAAGCACAAAGACGAUGCUGCUUUAUCUUCUGAAAUCUGAAUCCUGAUGAGAAUCCCAUCUCUCUACAGUUCUAUCCAGAUGAUAUCCAAACAAGUUGCAAACAAGUUGUGUGUUGUUUUAAUUUAUAGUUAAGAAAUAAACUAAAAUCUUGCGUAGGUUCAAGAUAUAGGAAUUUUUGUGAAAGCCAAAUACCAGAACUUACAAAUCAUACUUUUUUUAAGUAUGAAGAGUAAAAUUAUCAUGAUAAAACAGUGAUUAUUUUAUGAAAAAGAUAAGAUUUGUAUUCAAAAUUUU